AUGAAGAAAGCAAUUGAGAUCAUAAAGCAAGACCUCCACAAUGCAAAAGAACUAGGAGACAGCGCAGACGAGGGAAGUACCUGCCACCAUCUUGGCUUCGUUUAUCAGAAGCUGGGUGAUUUCAGUCAAGCCAUAAAGUACCACAAACAACAUCUCAGUAUUGCUAAACAACUGGGAAACAGGGACGACGAGGGAAGUGCCUACAACAAUCUUGGCUUCGCUUAUCACAAGAUGGGUGAUUUCAAUCAAGCCAUAGAGUACCACAAACAACAUCUUAGUAUUGUCAAAGAACUAGGAGACAGCGCAGGCGAGGGAAGUGCCUACGGCAAUCUUGGCUCCGCCUAUCAAGAGAUGGGUGAUUUCAAUCAAGCCCUAGAGAACUGUAAACAUCAUCUUAGUAUUGCCAAAGAACUGGGAGACAGGGCAGGCGAGGGAAGUGCUUACAACAAUCUUGGCUUGGCUACUUAUGAGCUGGGCGACUUCAAUCAAGCCAUAGAGUACUUUAGGCGACAUCUUAAUAUUGCUAAAGAACUGGGAGGCAGGGCAGGCGAGAAAACUGCCGACCACAAUCUUGGCUCAGCUUAUCACAAGAUGGGUGAUUUCAAUCAAGCCAUAGAGUACUACAAACAACAUCUUAGUAUUGCUAAAGAACUAGGAGACAGGGCAAGCGAGGGACGUGCGUACAACAAUCUUGGCUUCGCUACUUAUGAGCUGGGCGACUUCAAUCAAGCCAUAGAGUACUUUAGGCGACAUCUUAAUAUUGCUAAAGAACUGGGAGGCAGGGCAGACGAGGGAACUGCCGACCACAAUCUUGGCUCAGUUUAUCACAAGACGGGUGAUUUCAAUCAAGCCAUAGAGUACCACAAACAACAUCUUAGUAUUGCUAAAGAACUAGGAGACAGGGCAAGCGAGGGAAGUGCGUACAACAAUCUUGGCUUCGCUACUUAUGAGCUGGGCGACUUCAAUCAAGCCAUAGAGUACUACAAACACCAUCUCAGUAUUGCUAAGGAACUGGGAGAUAGGGCAGACGAGUACCAUGCCUACCACAAUCUUGGCUCGGCUUAUGACAAGUUGGGUGAUUUCAAUCAAGCCAUAGAGUACCACAAACAACAUCUUAGUAUUACUAAACAACUGGGAGACAAAGCAGGCGAGAGACGUGCCUACAACCAUCUUGUCUCGACUAGUUACGAGUUGGGUGACCUCAAUCAAGCCAUAGAGUAUCUCAGGGAACAUCUUAACAUUGCUAAACAACUGAGAGACAGGGCAGACGAAGGACGUACCUGCCACAAUCUUGGCUCCGUUUAUCAGAAGCUGGGUGAUUUCAGUCAAGCCAUAAAGUACCACAAACAACAUCUCAGUAUUGCUAAACAACUGGGAAACAGGGAAGGCGAGGGACGUGCCUACAACAAUCUUAGUAUUGCUAAAGAACUGGGAGACAGGGCAGGCGAGGGAAGUGCCUACAACAAUCUUGGCUCAGCUUAUCACAAGAUGGGUGAUUUCAAUCAAGCCAUAGAGUACCACAAACAACAUCUUAGUAUUGCUAAAGAACUGGGAGACAGGGCAAGCGAGGGAAAAGUGUACAACAAUCUUGGCUGCGCUUAUUACAAUAUGGGUGAUUUCACUCAAGCCAUAGAGUACCACAAACAACAUCUUAGUAUUGCUAAAGAACUGGGAGACAGGGCAGGCGAGGGAAGUGCCUACAGCAAUCUUGGCUCGACUACUUAUGAGCUGGGCGACUUCAAUCAAGCCAUAGAGUACCUCAGACAACAUCUUAAUAUUGCUAAAGAACUGGGAGACAGGGCAGGCGAGGGAAUUGCCGACCACAAUCUUGGCUCAGCUUAUCACAAGAUGGGUAAUUUCAAUCAAGCCAUAGAGUACCACAAACAACAUCUUAGUAUUGCUAAGGAACUGGGAGACAGGGCAGGCGAGGGAAGUGCCUACAACAAUCUUGGCUUGGCUACUUAUGAGCUGGGCGACUUCAAUCAAGCCAUAGAGUACCUCAGGCAACAUCUUAAUAUUGCUAAAGAACUGGGAGACAGGGCAGGCGAGGGAAGUACCUACUACUAUCUUGGCUCGGCUUAUGACGAACUGGGUGAUUUCAAUCAGGCCAUAACGUACCACAAACACCAUCUCAGUAUUGCUAAGGAACUGGGAGAUAGGGCAGACGAGUACCAUGCCUACCACAAUCUUGGCUCGGCUUAUGACAAGUUGGGUGAUUUCAAUCAAGCCAUAGAGUACCACAAACAACAUCUUAGUAUUGCUAAAGAACUGCGAGACAAAGCAGGCGAGGAACGUGCCUACCAGCAUCUUGCCUCGGCUAGUUAUAAGCUGGGUGACUUCAAUAAAGCCAUAGAGUACCUCAGGCAACAUCUUAAUAUUGCUAAACAACUGGGAGACAGGGCAGACGAGGGACGUACCUACCACAAUCUUAGCUCGGCUUAUGAGAAGCUGGGUGAUUUCAAUCAAGCCAUAGAGUACCACAAACAACAUCUUAGUAUUGCUAAACAACUGGGAGACAGGGCAGGCGAGGGAAUUGCCUACAACUAUCUUGGUUCGGCUUAUUACAAGCUGGGUGAUUUCAAUCGAGCCAUAGAGUACCACAACCAACAUCUUAGUAUUGCUAAACAACUGGGAGACAGGGCAGGCGAGGGAAGUGCCUACAACAAUCUUGGCUCGGCUUAUCACGAGCUGGGUGAUUUCAAUCAAGCCAUAGAGUACCACAACCAACAUCUUAGUAUUACUAAACAACUGGGAGACAGGGCAGGCGAGGGAAGUGCCUACAACAAUCUUGGCUCGGCUUAUCACGGGCUGGGUGAUUUCAAUCAAGCCAUAGAGUACCACAAACAACAUCUUAGUAUUGCUAAACAACUGGGAGACAGGGCAAGCGAGGGAAGUGCCUACAACAAUCUUGGCUCAGCUUAUCACGAGAUGGGUGAUUUCAAUCAAGCCAUAGAGUACCACAAACAACAUCUUAGUAUUGCUAGGGAAUUGGGAGACAGGGCAGGCGAGGGAAGUGCCUACAACAAUCUUGGCUUCACUUAUCACAAGAUGGGUGAAUUCAGUCAAUGCGUUUAUCAGAAGCUGGGCGACUUCAAUCAAGCCGUAGAGUAUCACAGGCAACAUCUUAAUAUUGCUAAAGAACUGGGAGACAGGGCAGGCGAGGGAAGUGCCGACCACAAUCUUGGCUCAGCUUAUCACAAGAUGGGUGAUUUCAAUCAAGCCAUAGAGUACCACAAACAACAUCAUAGUAUUGCUAAAGAACUAGGAAACAGGGCAGGCGAGGGAAGUGCGUACAACAAUCUUGGCUCAGCUUAUCACGAGAUGGAUGACUUCAACCAAGCCAUAGAGUACCACAAACAACAUCUUAGUAUUGCCAAAGAACUAGGAGACAGGGCAGGCGAGGGAAGUGCCUACGGCAAUCUUGGCUCCGCCUAUCAAGAGAUGGGUGAUUUCAAUCAAGCCCUAGAGAACUGUAAACAUCAUCUUAGUAUUGCCAAAGAACUGGGAGACAGGGCAGGAGAGAUAAGUGCCUACAACCAACUUUUCUUUGCUAGUUGUGAGCUGGGUGAGCUCAAUCAAGCCAUAGAGUAUCUCAGGAAAAGUCUUAAUAUUGUUAGAGAGCUGGGAGAUAAGGUACACGAGGGAGUGGUCUAUAACAAUCUUAGCUCGGCUUAUCUGAAGCUGGGUGAUUUCAAUCGAGCCAUAGAGUACCUCAGGCAACAUCUUAGUACUGCUAAAGAAGCGGAAGACAGGACAGAGGAGGAGUGUGCCUUUGGCCUGCUUGGUGAGGCUUAUCACGACUUGGGUGAUUUUAAUCAUGCCAUAGAGAACGCCAACAAAUGUCUACGUAUUGCUAGAAAACCGUUAGUAAGGUCAAAAGCCUUUAAAGUUGUUGGUAAAAGUUAUAUGUCAAUGGGUAAAUUGUUUCGAGCCAUGCAGUUUUUCCAGGAUUACCUUGGUAUCGCUAAACGCAAAGGAGACAGAGAAGGCGAGGCUGAAGCCUAUGUCCUUAUUGGAACUGUUAAUGCUCGAUCGGAUGAUUUUAACAAGGCAACAGAGUAUCUUGAGAAAGCGCUUAGCAUGGCCAAAGAACUGAGAGACCAGGAAAUCGAGGCAAUGAUCUACGCCAGUUUUGGGGAAGUUCUUCGUAAACAGGGUGACUUUGAACGAGCCAUCGAGUACAACAAGAAAUGUCUUAAUAUGGUUCAGAAAUCGGGGCAGAGAAUAAUCGUGGGAAAUUGUUUAGCCAAUUUAGGUCGUACUUAUGAAAGCUCUGGAGACUUGCAUCAAGCGGUUGAUUAUUAUCAACGCAGUACUAAACUUUUCAAUGAGUUGAGAGUUCUGCAAGUUGACGAUGCGUUGAAAGUAAUCUUCCGCAAUGCACGUCAAGACAUUUAUCAGUCACUCUGCAGAACUUUGCUUAAGCUGUCAAAAUUCGACGAGGCAUUGUGUGCUGCGGACCAAGGACGAGCCGAGGCCUUGUUGGAUCUCAUCAAACUACGAUAUGGAUCGCAAGUGGCAGUUUCUGGAUCAGUUGAGGCUAAACCAGGGAUCUCCGAAAUGGUCACUAAUAUCUCUGGUCCGACGCUUUUUGUUGCACUAUUAGGAAACGCAGUUAACCUGUGGGUAAUCGGGAAAAACAGGAAUGUACAGUUUACAAAGAAAGAAGUGAAAUAUCUCCUUGGAGAUGCGACCGACUAUUUGAAUUGCUUAAGGAAGAAGGCUUACAAGGAAAUUCGAGGAAGAUUCAGGGUCAUCUGCGAAAACCGCACAUUAGACGGGUCAAGUACCGAACAAGAAUUGCCACCCGCCGAGGAAAGAGGUGAGGAAACAGGAAACCCAUUACAGUCUGACGAGAAUCCUCUGCGUCUCUUUCAUGAGUGCAUCAUAACUCCUAUUUCAGAUUUGAUCGAAGAUGGCGAGUUGGUUGUCGUUCCUGAUGGUCCACUGUGCCUCGCCCCUUUUGCCGCAUUUUUGGAUUCCGAAUCAAAGUACCUCAGUGAGUCCAUGAGGAUACGCAUUCUUCCGUCAUUGAUGUGUAUGAAACUGAUCAACGCUUCUCCCAAAGAAUAUCACAACAAGAGUGGGGCGUUGCUCGUAGGAGAUCCAUGUCUAGAGGACUUUACCACCUUGCUCGGAGAGAAUAAAUAUUCGCCCUUGGCUUUCGCCAAAAAGGAAGUGGAGAUGAUCGGAGCGAUGCUCGGUAUCCACCCACUCACAGGAAAAGAGGCAACCAAGGCUGAGGUGCUUAAGAGAAUCGGUUCGGUUGCUUUGGUGCACAUUGCUGCGCACGGAAAAAUCGAGACUGGGGAAAUUGCAUUGGCUCCAAAUCCAGAACGAAAAUACGUCAGACCAGAAGAACAAGAUUUCAGGCUAACAAUUUCCGAUGUGCAAGCAGCGAAGUUACGUGCAAAGCUUGUUGUGUUAAGUUGUUGUCACAGUGCCCAAGGCGAGGUGUCAAGUGAGGGUGUGGUCGGCAUUGCACGGGCUUUCAUUGGUGCUGGUACUCGUUCUGUUCUGGUCGCGCUCUGGUCAAUUGAUGACGAGGCUACCAUGGAGUUUAUGAGAAGCUUUUACCAACAUCUGAAGGAUGGAAACAGCGCCAGCGUGUCACUCAACCGGGCGAUGAAAUGUCUGCGAGAAUCAGAAGACUUUAAUGCCCCGCGGUUCUGGGCUCCGUUUGUACUCAUU